AUGGCAAAAAAUACAUCAUUAUAUUUUCGCAUUGUCGAGGGCAGGAACCUCCCAGCCAAAGACGUGUCGGGGACUAGUGAUCCAUAUUGCAUAGUCAAAGUUGACAAUGAAGUUGUGGCCAGGACUGCUACAGUGUGGAAGAACCUUAAUCCCUUCUGGGGUGAAGAGUAUACACUUCACCUCCCAAUGGGUUUCCAUUCACUCUCCUUCCAUGUCAUGGAUGAAGAUACUAUCGGCCAUGACGAUGUUAUCGGAAAAAUUUCUCUGACCAAAGAAGCCAUUGGAUCUCAAACUAAAGUGCUCGACAGUUGGAUAAAUCUGACGAGGGUUGAUCCUGAUGAAGAAGUCCAGGGAGAGAUCCAUCUGACUCUACAACUGCUCAAGUACACAGAGAAGAUUGUCUUGCGAUGUGACGUGAUUGAAGCCAGAGACUUGGCUCCAAGAGACAUUUCUGGAACAUCAGAUCCAUUUGCAAGAGUUAUUUACAAGAAUCACAGCGCUGAGACCUCGAUUAUUAAGAAGACACGUUUCCCUCACUGGGAAGAGACACUGGAGCUGGACUUGAAACCAGAGGAACUUAAUGAAGAGGGAACUGUCAUUGUUGAGGUCUGGGACUGGGACAUGGUGGGCAAAAACGAUUUUCUGGGAAAGGUGGAAAUUCCUUCUUCCUGUUUGCAAAAAACUCUAUUGGAGAGCUGGUUUCGUCUGCUACCUUUGGGAAACAAUGAGGUGGAUGCAGGUGGCAAGUUGGGCGCACUGCGUCUGAAGGUACGUUUGGUGGAGGAUCAGAUUUUGCCGUCUGUAUACUAUCAGCCCCUUAUUGACCUUUUAGUCGAGUCUGUGAUCUCCCCAUCUGAGGUUGAAGACAGCAGUGCAUUGCGCAUGCUGGAGGACGUAACCACAGUUGAGAGCCGACAAGAUGUGGCCAUGACCUUGGUGAAGAUCUACUUGGGUCAGGGCCUGGUGAUUCCUUUCUUAGAUUAUCUGAACACCCAGGAGGUCCACCAAACUACAGAUCCAAAUACACUAUUUCGCUCCAACUCUCUUGCAUCUAAAGCUAUGGAGCAGUUCAUGAAGGCUGUUGGCAUGCUGUAUUUACAUGAAGUGCUAAAGCCCAUCAUCAACCGUAUCUUUGAAGAGAAGAAGUACAUUGAACUGGAUCCCUGUAAGAUUGACCUCAAUCACACAAGGCGAAUUUCAUUUAAGGGUGCCGUGUCGGAGGCAGAGGUGCGAGACAGCAGUGUGGAGUUGCUGCAAAACUACUUAACCAAGAUCGUUGAAUCAAUCGUGAGCUCAGUUGAGCAAUGUCCUCCUGUCAUGAGAGUGGCCUUCAAACAGCUGCACAAGCGGGUAGAAGAGCAGUUUGCUGAACCUGAGAACGAGGAUGUGAAAUAUCUCGCCAUCAGUGGAUUCUUUUUCCUGCGUUUUUUUGCUCCUGCUAUCCUCACACCUAAAUUGUUCCAGCUGAGAGACCAGCAUGCUGAUACACGUACAAGCAGGACACUGUUACUCCUGGCCAAGGCAUUACAAAGUGUGGGAAACCUGGGUCUCCAACUGGGACAUGGAAAAGAGCAGUGGAUGGAACCUCUCCAUCCCAUUAUCCUUCGCAGUGUGGCCUCUGUCAAGGACUUCUUGAACAAAAUGAUUGACAUAGAUCAUGAAAUCGGAUCUGAGAUGCCACAGCGGGCUGUGCUCCUCCCCUCAGUCAUCGUCAAAGAGGGCUACCUCCACAAACACAAAUCAGAAGGAGGCCAGCUUCUGUCCCGUUUCUCUUCCAAGAAGCGCUACUUUUGGUUAACAACAGAGACCCUCUCUUACGCAAAGACAUCUGAUUGGCAGGUGCGCUCCUCGAUCCCCAUCCAUUGUGUAUGCGGGGUAGAGAGGGUGGACGAAAAUGCCUUCCAGCAGCAGAAUGUAAUGCAGGUCAUUACUAAGGACAAUGAUGGGCAGCUGCAUACUAUGUACAUCCAGUGCAAGAAUGUAAAUGAACUGAACCAGUGGCUGUCCGCUAUCAGAAAAGUCAGCAUCUACAAUGAGCACAUGCUAAAUUCCUUCCACCCGGGGACACAUCGUGGGGGCAAGUGGACGUGCUGCCUACAGACGGAUCGUACAAUUGCAGGCUGCAGUCGAACCCACUCUGCUGUGACUCUGGGGGACUGGAGUGAUCCUCUUGAUCCUGAUGUAGAGACUCAGACAAUUUACAAACAGCUUCUCCAAGGAAGGGACAAACUCAGGAAAAAAUACCUCCCAGAAGCAGAUCAUGUGGGAAGCAUUAAAGAAGAGAUCAACUCUAACAUUAAUUCAGAUGGCGCAGAGAGUAAAGUGGACUUGGUAAGGCCGGGUCAGAGCCUUGCCACUCGGCUACUGAAGGUGAUUGAAAAUUUAGAACAAGCUCAUGCAACUUUCAAGAGCAGAGAUGAGGAGGCCCCUACAAAUGUUAUCCUAAAUCCAUAG